UGCCACGUACGCAGCGUAUCCCAAGCUUUGGAAUACAGAGAGUGCAGCUAAAGAUCUCUUCUCUCUCUACUCCCACUCUCUCUCUCUCUCUCUCUCUCUCUCUAGACCAUCUCCACCCAAAAUCUGCUCCUCUGCAAGGAAAAGAAAGAUAAUAAAGAUCUCAAAACCGCAAGCUCUCGUGAUCGUCUCCUGAGACAAGUGAAUCAGGAAGGAUAUACCCUAAUCAUUUCUCAGAGAUACAGGGCUCUAUUUUGAGCCCAAUAAGUUCAGAAAGCUUGCAGAUAUCUGGAAUUGCAGUUUUUAAGUUUUCAUCAGGUGGAUAAUUUUGACAGCUUAUUGCUUAAUUGAUUAAUUGAGAAACUGCGGUUGGUGUGCUGUUGGCUCGAGAAAUGUUGAAUUACAAUCUUCUGAUCCUUGAUUGGUAGUGGUUGUAGCGGGAUUUCUUAGCAUCUCUAUUCCUAUAUAGAAGGCAGGCAUAUUAUGGCUAGUUUAUGUGAAAGGUGGAUUGAUGGCCUUCAAUACUCCUCGCUGUUCUGGCCUCCACCGCAAGAUCAACAGCAACGGAAGGCUCAAAUUACUGCCUAUGUUGAAUACUUUGGUCAGUUCACGUCAGAACAAUUUCCUGAGGAUAUAGCUGAGUUGAUUCGUAACAGUUAUCCAUCGAAGGAAAGACGCCUUUUCGAUGAUGUCUUAGCAAUAUUUGUCCUCCAUCAUCCAGAGCAUGGGCAUGCUGUCAUUCUUCCCAUCAUUUCAUGUAUCAUUGAUGGUACCCUGGAGUAUGAUCGAAGUAGUCCUCCAUUUGCUUCUUUCAUUUCCUUAGUCUGCCCAAGUAGUGAGAAUGAGUACUCCGAACAGUGGGCUCUGGCAUGUGGAGAGAUUUUAAGAAUUUUGACUCACUACAAUCGACCGAUUUACAAGGUUGAGCAUCAGCUCAGUGACUCAGACAGAACUGACAGUGGCAGUCUUGCUACAACAAGUAACUCUCCGAAAAAAAGUAAAUCUUCAGGAAAAAGUAACUCCCCAAGCAGGGAUGUAACACAGGAGAGGAAGACGUUAAGGCCUUUGUCUCCAUGGAUUACUGAUAUAUUGCUGGCGGCGCCUCUGGGUAUUAGAAGUGACUACUUCCGUUGGUGUGGUGGAGUGAUGGGAAAGUAUGCAGCUGGAGAACUCAAACCUCCUUCAACUACUUCCCGUGGAUCAGGGAAGCAUCCCCAACUCAUGCCAUCAACUCCAAGGUGGGCCGUUGCCAACGGCGCUGGUGUUAUUCUAAGUGUGUGUGAUGAGGAAGUUGCUCGCUAUGAGACUGCUACUUUAACUGCCGCUGCUGUCCCUGCACUUCUGCUUCCUCCUCCAACAACAGCUAUGGAUGAGCACCUUGUUGCUGGCCUACCUGCUCUUGAGCCAUAUGCACGUUUAUUUCAUCGUUAUUAUGCAAUUGCUAGUCCAAGUGCCACCCAAAGACUUCUCCUUGGUCUUCUAGAAGCGCCACCAUCCUGGGCUCCUGAUGCGCUUGAUGCUGCUGUACAACUAGUGGAACUGCUUAGAGCAGCUGAAGAUUAUGCAUCAGGGAUGAGACUUCCGAGAAACUGGAUGCAUUUGCAUUUCUUGCGUGCAAUUGGGACUGCAAUGUCAAUGAGAGCUGGCAUUGCUGCAGAUGCUGCCGCAGCGUUGCUUUUUCGCAUACUUUCGCAGCCUGCAUUGCUUUUUCCUCCACUAAGGCAAGUCGAAGGAGUUGAAGUUCAAAAUGAACCUGUGGAUGGCUAUAAUUCACGGUACAGGAAACAGAUAGAAGCGCCUGCAGCUGAAGCAACAAUAGAAGCCACUGCCCAAGGGAUUGCAUCAAUGCUUUGUGCCCAUGGGCCUGAGGUUGAAUGGAGAAUAUGUACCAUAUGGGAAGCUGCCUAUGGUCUGAUUCCAUUAAGUUCCUCCGCCGUUGACCUUCCGGAGAUCAUUGUUGCAACCCCCUUGCAACCUCCCAUUCUCUCAUGGAACUUGUACAUACCUCUUCUUAAAGUCCUUGAGUAUCUUCCUCGUGGAAGCCCAUCCGAAGCCUGUCUCAUGAAAAUAUUUGUUGCCACUGUUGAAGCGAUUCUUCAAAGAACAUUUCCACCGGAAUCCUCCAGAGAAGAAAUCAGGAAAACAAGAUAUAUUUUUGGCGUGGGGUCGGCUUCCAAAAAUCUUGCUGUUGCAGAGCUUCGCACAAUGGUUCACUCCUUAUUUCUGGAAUCGUGCGCCACUGUGGAGCUCUCUUCGCGCUUGCUUUUUGUUGUGUUAACUGUUUGCGUCAGUCAUGAAGCUCAGCCCUAUGGGAUCAAAAGGCAUAGAGGUGAUGAUAGUUAUCUUCCUGAUAAAAUGAAUGAGGAAGUGCAACAGGCAUCUAACAACCAGAGAGAAAUAAGAAUGAGGAAAACGAAAAGACAGGGCCCUAUUGCUGCGUUUGAUUCUUAUGUUCUAGCUGCUGUUUGUGCUCUUGCUUGUGAACUUCAGUUGUUCCCUUUGAUUUCAAACGGGCGUAAUCAUCAAGUUUGCAAAGAUGUGCAGGAUAUAGCAAAGCCUGCAAAGACAAAUGGAUCUUGUAAUGAGAUCCGGAACAGUGUUGACUCUGCAGUUCGUCAUACUCACAGGAUAUUGGCUAUAUUGGAAGCGCUUUUUUCUCUGAAACCAUCUUCAGUUGGUACAUCGUGGAGUUACAGUUCAAAUGAGAUAGUUGCUGCAGCCAUGGUUGCAGCUCAUGUCUCCGAACUAUUCAGACGGUCAAAGGCUUGUAUGCAUGCUCUCUCUGUGUUGAUGCGGUGCAAAUGGGAUAGUGAAAUUCACUCUAGGGCUUCUUCACUGUACAACCUGAUUGAUAUUCACAGCAAAGCUGUUGCAUCUAUAGUUAACAAGGCAGAACCCCUGGAAGCACACUUGAUGAAUGGAAUUGUUUGGAAAGAUAUUCCAGCAUGUCUUGAUGGCAGAACACAAAAGAAAUCUAGAAACUCGAACACUAUUUGUACUGCAUCAGUGCAACCAUUUUCAUUGCAGUUUGGUAAUUCAGAAGAUUCAGGAACUGAAGUUAAGGGUGAGAAAGCCUUGAGUUUGAAUGAAGGGUCUGGAAAUGUUUCGGAGAAAGGGAUAACAAGUUUCCCAUCGGAAGCUUCGGAUUUGGCCAACUUGCUCACAAUGGAUAGGCAUAUAGGGUUUAAUUGCAGUGCAAAAGUGCUUCUGAGGUCUGUGUUGGCAGAGAAGCAAGAGUUAUGUUUCUCAGUUGUUUCAUUGCUCUGGUACAAAUUGAUUGCGUCCCCUGAAACACAACCUAGUGCAGAAAGUACUUCUUCUGCCCAGCAAGGAUGGAGACAGGUGGUUGAUGCCCUAUGCAACGUCGUGUCAGCAUCACCAGCGAAAGCUGCGACAGCUGUUGUUCUUCAGGCGGAGAGGGAAUUGCAACCUUGGAAUGCUAAGGAUGAUGAUCAAGGUCAAAAGAUGUGGAGAAUCAACCAGCGAAUUGUUAAGCUGAUUGUGGAGCUAAUGAGAAAUCAUGACACCCCAGAAUCAUUUGUAAUUUUGGCUAGUGCUUCAGAUUUGCUUCUGCGUGCCACAGAUGGGAUGCUCGUUGAUGGAGAAGCUUGCACUUUACCACAGCUGGAGCUCCUGGAAGCAACAGCUAGAUCAAUUCAACCAGUUCUUGAGUGGGGGGAAUCAGGAUUCGCAGUUACGGAUGGCCUUUCAAACCUGUUAAAGUGUCGUCUUCCAGCGACAACACGAUGCCUUUCUCAUCCAAGUGCUCACGUCCGUGCUCUUAGCACGUCAGUUCUUCGUGAUAUUUUGCAUAUUUGUUCAAUAAACUCUAGCACUAAACCAGUGGACAAAAACGGCAUUGAUGCCCCUUAUAAGUACCUUGGUGUAGGCACUAUUGAUUGGCGAGCAGAUAUCGAAAAGUGUCUAACGUGGGAAGCUCAGAGCAGACUUGCAACUGGAAUGCCUAAUCAAUUUCUGGAAAUUGCUGCCAAGGAGUUAGGUUGUAAUUUGUAACAUACUAAUUUGACCUUUUUAGUUUCACAUGCAUAUAUACAUUGCAAGCAAUGAUUCGCCAAGAUGAGAAAAACCAUAUCUUGAAGGAUACAGUUAGGUCAGAAGUUUUUUCUUCCGGGGAAAAAGUCAUUGAUCCUUCAGGAUAGUUUGUAUGAGAUUGUAGACGAGCCAUGAAUAUGUAUAAUGUCAGUGUUGUUUAGAUUCAUUCGGCUCGUGUAACAUGGUGCUUAGGUCAGUAGAUUAAUCAUGUAUUUCUUCUGGCACAAGUAUGGUAAAUAGCAGGCAGCCUCGUCUUUUUGAA